UUUUACUCAACAUCUGGUCAGUUGUUAAGUGACUUUCAGCUACACCUUCCUUGUGAAGGAAAAGCAUAGUUAACCUAUUGCCUGCAGCCACAGAGGCUUGAGGCAGCAUUUUCUCUUAAUUCUCUUUGGCAAGAAGCAAUCAUCAGAUGACAGAUCUCUUAAAGGAAGAAGGGGGGGAAUUCAACAACGUUAGAAAGAGAUAGCCAGCAUCAGAUAAGAGACCAGCCAGAAUAGCAGGGAGGGAGACAGAGGAACAGAGAGACCUGGAUGUCCCAGGCGAUCGCUGUGAAAGCAGUACAUCUGUCAGAUCCUCAAGUGUGAAAAAAAAGACUUGCAGCGAAAAGAAUACGCGGAAUCUGAAUGUAUUAGGGAAGUAAAGUGACACUGCUUUCUCUCAAGAAACUGAGCAGACGCUUCUGAAAGGUGACAGCAGGAAGGAGUUUGUUACAGAGUAGGUAAUAUCCCUCACACGAGCCUUGCGUGUGAUUGGAGCAGCAGACUGAUCAAGGAAUCUUCUCAUCAGGGCACUGCUUCAAGCCCAUAAGGAAGAGGAGAGCGAGCGAGAGAGAGCACUGACUUUUGGGUUUCCAAGUUUCGUGUCAGGAUGCUGCUUUGUGCUAAACUCCACUUUCUUUUGCCAAUCCUCUUUUUGGGGCCAGCCAUCAAUGCACAGAAGUUUUCAGCUCUAACGUUUCUGAGGGUGGAUCAGGAUAAAGACAAGGAGUGCAGUCAGGACUGUGCAGGUUCUCCAUCUAAAUCUCUAUGUGCUUCGGAUGGAAGGACUUUCCUUUCUAGGUGUGAAUUUCUACGGGCAAAAUGCAAGGAUUCUCAAUUGGAAGUUGCAUACAAAGGGAACUGUAAAGAUGUUUCUAGAUGUGUGGCUGAGAGAAAAUAUACUCAAGAACAAGCUCGUAAAGAAUUUCAACAAGUGUUCAUUCCGGAGUGCAAUGAUGAUGGCACGUACAACCAGGUCCAGUGUCACAGCUACACAGGGUACUGCUGGUGUGUGUCUUCCAAUGGACGCCCACUGAGUGGAACCGCCGUAGCACACAAAACCCCUCAGUGUCCAGGAUCUAUAUCGGACAAAGUUCCUCAGAAAGAAGGUGCUGGAAAAUCAGAUGAUGUCUCGGUACCAGCACUAGAAACACAGCCUCAAGGCGAUGAAGAGGAUUUUGCAUCCAGGUAUCCUACAUUAUGGACAGAACAAGUCAAAAGCAGACAAAAUAGAACCCACAGAAAUUCAGCAUCAUCCUGUGAUCAGGAACAUCAGACUGCAUUAGAAGAAGCCAGGCAGCCAAAGAAUGGUAAUGUGUUCAUUCCAGAAUGUGCGAGUGGUGGACUGUACAAACCUGUACAGUGUCACCCAUCAACAGGCUAUUGCUGGUGUGUUCUUGUUGAUACUGGGAGACCAAUACCGGGUACAUCGACCAGGUAUGAACAACCAAAGUGUGAUAAUGGUGCUAGAGCACAUCCAUCCAAAACAAAGGAUUUAUAUAGGGGAAGGCAACUGCAAGGUUGCCCAGGUGCAAAGAAAAAUGAAUUUUUGACGAGUGUAUUGGAUGCAUUGACUACAGAUAUGGUACAAGCAGUAGCAGGCUUGUCAUCUUCUUCUAGCAGAGUUUCAGAACCAGAUCCAAAUCAUACCUUGGAAGAAAGAGUUGUACAUUGGUAUUUCAAGCAGCUUGAUAAAAAUUCUAAUGGAGAUAUUGGCAAAAAAGAAAUUAAGUCGUUCAAAAGAAUGCUGCGAAGGAAAUCAAAGCCCAAAAAAUGUGUGAAGAAGUUUGUAGAGUAUUGCGAUAUAAACAAUGAUAAGUCUUUGUCAGUCCAUGAAUUAAUGGGAUGCCUUGGAGUAACACAAGAAGAAGGACCCAAAAAUAAUGGGGAAGGGACAUCAUCAAACAAACAGAACUCUAAGAAACAAGGAUGAAUUGCAAACAGAACAAUGAAGAUGCAUAUUUAAGUUGAUGCCGAUCCGUCACGUAGGCAGUGAUACAAACAAUAGUAUUUGCACUUUGUACUUUAAAUGUAAAUUCACUUUGUAGAAUGGUGAUAUUUAAACAGACUUUUGAAUCUGUGAAGCAUGAAAUCAUGUUAAAAUGUAUCACAUACAAUGUAUGUGCUUUGUUCCUUGCUUUCUGUUCCUGUUAAAAGAUGUAAAAGUUUGCAUUUGAGCUUUUUUUUUUCAAUUCUUAUUUUCAUACCAAAUUUGAAUUUAAGUAAAUGCUUACAAAUAUAUACUUUACCUUUUUUCCAUUAGCACAAUAGUUCCAUAUAUUACACACUAUCCUUCGUGAUCUAU